AUGGAUGCUGCUAAUCUCUUUAAGCCUAUGCUUGCAAGAGGUCAGCUGCGGUGCAUUGGCUCUACAACUCUGGAGGAGUACAGGAAAUAUGUGGAGAAAGAUGCUGCAUUUGAGAGGUGUUUCCAGCAGGUUUAUGUGGCCGAGCCAAAGGUGGCGGGGAUGGGCGCUGCCGUAGGGGAAGGGUUGGAACAGCAAUAUGGGCCAUUGUCAAGGGCUUUGGGAAGGAAUCUAAAGCUUCUUUCUCAACGGUGGGAACAGAAACGGACCCAGGAGGCUCCGCCGGACCGCCAGGGUGAAUCGAGCUUGAUCGUUAGUGGUGGUGAUGAGGUGAAUGUCAACAUUCGCUGCUCAAAUGGCUCUAAAUUCUCUAUGCGGACGAGGCUUGAGUCAACGGUGCAGGAAUUCAAGGCUGUGCUGGCUCAGAGUUGUGAUGUGCCGGCUGAACAACAAUGUUUGAUAUACAAAGUGGAAUUGGAGCGGGUGUAUUCAAUUAUCUGUUUACUGGAGUCCAUUGGGGUACAGGAAAUUGGGAUUUGCAUUAUACUGGAAAUUGAUUAUUGGAUUCUGUUCAAUAUUUGGUUGUUAAUGCUAUGGUUGAAAUGGCAAAAUUUGAUUAAUUUGGAUGCUGAUGAAAUGGGGUUGAUAGGAGAGGGUCGAGUGGGGUUGAGGAUGAUGGGCUCGAGAUCGCGAAGCUUGGGAUUUUGCAAGAGAUCAUCAGAACAAGAUAGCCUUGCUAUUGUUAGUUUUGAUGAGAACUUGGGGCCGAAUGGUAUUUCACGAGUAGUUGAGGAUGAUAUGGGUUGUGAUGACAGCUUCCAUGACCAGCAUAUGAAUGGAAAUGGUUCAGAAAGAAGAUGUAUCUGA